ACUGAGAUAUUACCUUAAAAAUAAGACUGGGACUGCUACCUUCCACAUCCUUCCUGAUUCAUUAUUCACUAUCUGUCCUAUCAAUUUGUACUACUGAUGACAAGCAAAUUGAAAAAUGUUAAAUAAAUCAAAACGAAAGAAUGGAUUGGUUCUCCUUCAUAUGACAGUAACCUUAACACUUUCAACUUUGGGAAUAUUUCAAAUCUGUCGUCAUUUAAGGCCACAACGUCGCGAAUCUGCGAAAUAACUGGGGCUGGUGUUAGUCUGCUAGCAGCCAUGGUAGCUGCCUUCCUGCAUGGAUGGAAAAUGGAAAUGGUGUUGUUGCUAGUGUUUCCUGCCAUUGCUAUAGCAUUCCAUCUCAAGAUAAGGACAGUUGAGCAACACCGACAGAAGCACCACAGACUCAUGCAACCUGCUAAUGAUGUGGUAACAGAAUGCAUUCAAAAGAUACGGACUAUACGGGCAAUGGGAGGAGAAGAAAUAUUUAGAGACCUGUACUCCAAAAGAUUAAGAGCACCAUACAAUGCCAGAAAGAAGCAUGCUAAAGUGUAUGCAGUGGUAUAUGCACUGUCAGAGUCAGGAGUUCAUGUACUUUAUGCUGCUUCAUUCAAGUUUGGAUUCUUCCUUAUUCGAUCAGGGCUCAUGGAUCUUGUGAAAGUGUACAGGAUCUUCUUUGCCCUGGGAAUCUGCAUCAUCUCAAUGAGUCAUCUCCUUACGUACAGACAAGAAUGGAUAACAGCUGAAAAUACUUUACACAAACUGUUCCAACUCGUCAGGGGUCACUGUGAUAAUACAGAAUGUCAAAGUAAAUCUAAAUGUUAAAAUCCAAUCAGCACUCUCAGGGAGGAGCCAGAACAAGUUCCAAGAACAACCUUCUAUACUGUGACAACAACCACAUAUAACCUGAGCUGAACCUAAGCUUUCCAUGGAUCAAAUGUCUUGUCAAGCAAAAAACCAGCAUUGCUUGCUGCCUGCUUCAUGCUGGUUUCUUGGUCAGAUUACUUUUCAAGCCUGAAGAUCAACAAGUUCUUCCAGAACAUCAGUCGACUUUCACAGGACUACACAGAAUUAUGCACCAGAAGAAACAACCUUUCAUAACCACUGUUGUAAGGUCCUCAAAUCCUACACAGGAGCAUCCUCAGUUACUUCUUGACCACUUUCAAACUUCUGUAACACCUGUACAUUUAACCUCAAGAUUAACAAAUUGAAUUACAAACUAUUGUAUUUAUAUUCUUAGUGAUUUUUCACAAUUUUGCACCACCUAUCACAUCAUACUUUCUGCCUCUAACUUGGUCAACAUAACAUAUGUACUUCAACAAACAUUCAAUUGCAACAUGCUAGCUGAGAAAGAGAAUGUCAUACACAAGACAUACAAACUUCAGCAUGAGAACAUUUUCUGCCAUUCAUAAAUGAAUGUACUGAAUUAAACUCUUCCAUUUAUGACCUGUGAUCAUCUCAUGAAGAAACUGUAGUACUCUGGUCAUAUUCAUAAAUAAAAUUAUGAUGCAGACAGACAA